GACACUGCCUGGCCCAGCUGGGGCGCACCGAGGAGAUCCGGGUGACCACCGACAUGCUGCUGUGCAACCCCAACAAGGGCUUCGGCUGGCAUCAGGACAACCAGAACGGCCCCAUCGAUUUCCCCGACGCCAUGCGCUGGUGGGUGGCCAUGGACAGGUGCGGGAUGGACGACUACGGCGCGCCCGAGUACCUGCUCGGCUCGCACAAAAACGAGAGCGUGAGCGAUCAG